GGAAGGCAUUUUAUGCCGUGAUUUUUUCUUAAAACGAUUCGUUCGGAGCCGCAAGUGUCUAGGGAAUAAAAUGAUGAACCAAACGGACUGCCAGAGUGGCUUACUUGGUAAUUGCUAGACAGCCAAGUGGUAGAGAGGAGAAUUUACUUCACCCACGUACAGAUUAGGGCUUCCUCGGUCUGGUUCCCUCCUUCCUCCGCUCUUCUUUCUCGCGCUGUUUCUGCUUGGCCUCGCUUCCCGGCGUCUUCUCGACGAACUUCCCACCAUGCCGUCACAUAAGACAUUCAUGAUCAAGAAGAAGUUGGCAAAAAAGAUGAGGCAAAAUAGGCCAAUUCCACACUGGAUCAGGAUGAGGACUGACAAUACCAUAAGGUACAAUGCCAAGCGCAGGCAUUGGAGGAGAACAAAGUUAGGUUUCUAGGACACUGAUUUUGAUAUGGAAAUGGAAUAUAUACCCAUUUCCAUGUUCAGAGUGUUGAAAAGUUUUUGGUUUUGAAAUGUGUUCUAUACAGAAGAUGCACUGAAUGAAAAUCAGUAUGUAGAAUUUGAACAGUUUGCUUUAUUGGUAUCGCAAAAAUUUGUCAA